AUGUCUCCGAUUGAGAAUUCCUCGUCUUGGACACUCGAAUCCGACCUCGAGGAUCUAGACAUUGACCUCCAGGAUUACGGACCAUCCGUACCUUUGAAGAAAGUCCCCAACGGAGACGUUUUCGAAGCCUCACGCGCCGGUGACGUCGAUAGGCUCCGAUACCUUCUCGAGACCGGAGUGAACGUCAACGCCCGUGACCGAUGGGACUCCGUCGCUCUCUAUUACGCUUGUCUCGCCGGCCACAUCGACGCCGCGAGGAUGCUUCUAGAGAACGGCGCGAUUUGCUCCGAACAUACUUUCGACGGCGAUCGUUGUCACUACGCUUCUCUUAAUCUCAGGAUUCGGAAGCUUCUUAAGGCGUUUGAAGCUCGUCCGCCUCCGCUUGGUCCCUUGCAAGCUUCUCUUAGGGAAACGUUUUUGGGAUGUUGUCACAAUCGGGCUUAUCUGAAACAAGCUUCCGAUGCUAAUAUUGAUGUUUCCGCCACAGACCAAUUUCUUAGGAAAGUCGAGUUCUUGAAUCCAAUUCAGCACAUUGUAGUUGUGUUUCCUCUUUUAAAUCUAAUGGAUCUUGUGCCUGUUGCUUUGUUUGAUGAGGUGGGUAGCUCCAAUUACUUCCCACCGGAUGUUGUAUUCUUCGUGCAAGGUAGACCACUUGAAGCACACAGGGUUAUCUUAAGUGCUCGAUCUCCGUUUUUCAAGCAAAAGUUUGAGAAUGAAUGGAAAAACCGGAGAGAAGUUAGGUUGUCCAAAGAGAAGCUCUCGUAUCCUGCUCUGUGUAGUCUCAUCCACUUCUUCUACUCGGAUAGGCUGGAGAUUUCGGUGGAUGAUAUGGAAGACCUCGUGAGGAUCUGCAAAGUUUGUAAAUGCGAGUCGCUGCAGAAGAUCAUUGAGAAGGAACUGAUUCACCAGAAAUAUGCAGAGUACAAGACACAUAGGGAUCUUGAUAACUCCAUGAAACGGUUUAUCUUACAGGGGAUAUCCCUUCCAGAGGAAGACAGGCUUCCUGCUUCAUUGCACCGGAUUCUUCGAGUUUCCCUUGCGAAAUCGUUUGCAGAUAUCGAUUCAUCUAUUGGGGAUAUGAGAGUCGGUGAUUCUGUGGAUAACCUUGUUGAUGUUUGUGUUAAAGUUGAUAAAAGGACUUUCUACUGCCAUCAAGCUGAGGAAAUCUUUGAUGUUGCAUCUCGCUACUUGUUGUUUCCUCUUAAACGUGCUGUGGGUGAAGCCUUGUUGCCUCACUUGGAAACUGCCACACCUGCGGAACUCUGUCAUUGGCUGGUUUUGUCAGAUAUGUACGGUGUGUUGAAGAUAAGAGAGUACUGCCUAGACUUGGUUGCUUGUAACUUCGAGGCGUUUGUUGAAACUCGCGAGUUCAGGACGAUGCUAUUGACAUUGCCUCCACCAUCAGGAGACUCUUCACUUCGAACCACUGUUCCAAGUGCACCAGGCGCAAUGAUGACCGCUGAGCAAGUGAAUCUGCUCGAUGACCUGAGAGAGAAGUGGCUUGAAGCAGAGGCUUUAGAGCUUGACAUGAGAGACGAGAGCGCUUUGAUUUUCGAUAAGCGACUCAGAAUGCUCGUGGAGAUGGCAGAGUCAGAAGCUAAGGAUGACAAAGACACUGGCGCAUAG